GGGUGGCCGCGGGGGCAGGCGGCGGGGCGGGCUCCUUCUUUGGCCAUGAGCGAGGUGCCGGCAUUCGGCCGCCGCCUGCGGGACGCGGGGAGGGAGCGGCCGCAGCGCGGAUCCGCCGGCGGCAGCAGGCGGGUGCUAUGGCCCAGGCCAAGAUCAGCGCCAAGGCCAACGAGGGGGCGCAGCAGCAGCAGCAGCAGCAGCAGUCCGGCGGGCAGCUCCGAGGCCGCUUCUACCGCUCCACAUCCAUGGCGGACCGAUCCAGCCGCCUGCUGGAGAACCUGGACCAGCUGGAGCUCAGGGUAGAGGCUUUCCGUGACGCAGCAUCUGCUAUGGAACAAGAGAAAGAAACCCUGCUAGAAAUGAUCCACAACAUACAGAACAGCCAGGACAUGAGGCACAUCAGCGAAGGUGAGAGGGAAGAGCUUAAUUUGACAGCUAAUCGCCUGAUGGGCCGAACCCUCACAGUGGAGGUUUCUGUGGAAACCAUCCGGAACGCCCAGCAGCAGGAAUCCCUCCUGCAUGCCACCAAGAUGAUCGAUGAAAUCGUCAAUAAACUUCUAGAUGAUCUGGAAGAUGCCAAAAUCCGCUUAAUGUCGCUUUACGGUGCAUGCACAUCUGAUGUGCCAGCGGGACCCAUUGAUCAGAAGUUUCAGUCUGUGGUGAUUGGGUGUGCCAUUGAGGAUCAGAAGAAGAUCAAAAGGCGGCUAGAGACUCUGCUUAGAAACUUGGAAAACUCGGAAAAGUCCAUCACAUUGUUGGAGCAUCAGAAAUCAUCUGUUCGACAGUCUUGCAACAGCAAACAGGAUUAAACCGUCCUCUGGGCUAGUUCUGGCAAACCGCAGGAUAAGCAAAUCUCCAUAAAAAGCACAAAGCAGCUAAGGAAAAACAGAUCUCUGUGCAAGCAUGCACGUAUGUACGCAUGCACAGCACCAAAGUAUCUUUGAUUGCAAGUUGCGAGCAUUUAAUGGGUUUUGGUAGCAUCAGCAUUUUCUUUUGGCAAUAAAGAAUGCUCCUCUAGAGUCGAUCCUGCUCUGCUGCAAGUUGUAAUAGUGCUUCUGCUGAACUGUCAGGAACUGCCAAAAUCUGUCCUCCAUUCUCCUGGGUUGGUUUUUUUUAAGCUAAAGUUGGUUUGUCCUAUCAUGAGAUUUCAGCUUUUCUCUGCUGUAUACAUAGUGUGCGAACCAGACUUUUGGGGACAAAUUGUGGCAAUAAAUCCAAAACCAUUAAUAAACUCUUGAUGGUAUUUUCAUAAACCACACUGUCCUGCUCAUUACCACAUACAGUUUGAGUGAUUGUACACUGUUCAUAAGUAGAUCAGAGUACUUCCAAGAGACAGACUCAUACCUCCCAUUUGUAACUGAGGAAGUGAAAAGCAAUGCAUCCACUCAAAUGUCACAACCAAGGCUAGAAAUGAGCGCCAGCUCUUGCAAUCCACCCUUACACAUCCUGCCCAGAGAGGCUGGUGGCCUCCCACCACCUGUAGUUCAAGGUUGCUUUGUAAUUUUAACAUAAAGGGAAUUGUGUUUUAUCAGCUACUAUUCUGCA